AUGGAACCGGGGUUGGAAGAGCACUUCCCGGAGCCCGAUUGGAUCGACAACUUCGACUUUUCCACGGCGACGUACUCCUCCGUCUUCCACACGGCGCUGCCUCUUUGGCCCUCGACGGCGUGGAGUCCCGAGUCUCUGAUCCGACCACCAGAGAGUCCCAAGCCCGUCGUCGAGAAGCUGGACAAAACCCUCCCGACUCCAGGUAGCCGCAAGAAGAGGGAUUUGGGCGCGCACGGCUCGGAGGCCCCCCUCUCACUUUUAGACCGCGUCUUCUCGCGCCGUUCAUCUCCCGAGCCGGGCCGACCAUCCGCGCCUUCGGGCCCGACGGCUCUACAACAGCCUUCGACUCAGGUCACCUCCGUGGUUCGCAGUCGACUGGUCCAUAAACUGGAACACUUCUCCCACCUCCUCCCCAGCGGCUUUGUUCUCCCGUCUCACCAUGCUCUUAGCCGGUAUACGACUAGCUACUUCGACGUGGGCGCCCCACAUCAACCUUUUAUCCACGUGCCAACGUGGUGUCCCGAGACGUGCAGCUUCGGACUGUUCUUUGCCGUUUGUGCCAUGGGGGCGCGGUACUGUUUCGAGCACGAGACGUCCCUACAGCUGUGGCGCGUGGGCAAAGCCAUCCUGACAGCCGAGAUAGACAGAGGGGCGGCAGUGGCGGCGAGGGCUGGCGACGACGAUAGCGGGCUCGGGGCUGCCGAGUACACUUCGGAACUGAUGGAGCACUGCCAAGGUCUAGUGCUCUUGAUGAUGUACGCAACGUGGGCCGGGGAUAAAUACUUGCUGAGACAAGCACUGUCCUUUCAGAGUGGCCUGGCGGCUAUGGUCCGAGAUAUAACGCCCGAAGAGCCCCGUGAGUCGGAACUUGCGAACUGGAAGCAGUGGAUAGAGUACGAGAGCCAGAAAAGAACCAAAUUUGUGGUUUUCUGCUUCUUCAACCUGCAGUGUCUAGCAUAUGACAUACCCUCCUUAAUUCUGCACAGUGAGCUGCAGCUUGCUUUGCCGUCGGGAGAAGAAUCGUGGCGUGCCGACUCUGAGGCUAGCUGGAUCCUUAGCCGGAGGCAAGAGGCCCCUGGAUAUAUUCCCUCUUUCCAGGCUGCGAUGCGGACACUACUUGACGACAAGAACGGCGGCGCACAAAAUACGGAGCAAGGCCAAACCUCGCCGGACGAUCCUUGCUACUCCACCUUUGGAAGCUAUGUUCUAAUAAACGGGCUCAUGCAGUCCAACUUCGAGCUUCGAAGGUAUUCGCGUUCGAUACCCGGCUCUGAUAGGUCCCUUUCGCCGGAGCAUAGCAAGACACUAGAGAGAGCGCUGCGCAAGUGGCAGAAAGGUUGGGAGAACAAUCCCGAGGCCUCGCUCAACCCGCGCGAUCCACACGGCCCUCUCGCCUUCAACUGCACAGCCCUGCUGCGCAUGGCAUAUAUCCGUCUAGACAUCGACUUCGGGCCCUACUCGGCGGCUCUCCGGUCCGGAGAUCCGCAGAUAGUAGCGCGUACGAUAUGCAAUGAACCUCCGGCCAAACGGGGCAGGCGAUCGACGAGAGCUGCGCUGCAUGCCUGCCAUGCGCUGCUUAUCCCCAUCAAGAUGGGCAUAGAUCUCGUGGCGCACACGCAGGUCUUCCUCUGGUCCAUCCAACACUUCAUCGCGUCGUUCGAAUGUUGCUUGCUGCUCGCCAAGUGGCUCGAUGCCGUGACUGUCGGCUCGCCGGAGCCGCCGUUGUCCGAAGAAGAACGCUGGCUAAUCAGGGUAGUCCAGGAGACGCUACAGGAGUGUAAUAUUCAUACCGUGAAUGAUGCGAGGACGCUCAGCUCCAGUGUGCUGACUACCUGGGCGAGAUUGUUUCACGGAAAUACCAUAUGGGGAAUCCUGCCUCUUAUGGGCACAGUGCUUAACAUGUAUGCCGAGUUGCUUAGCAGUGACCUUCAGCGGCUAUGA